AUGGCGGAGCUGGACAUCGGGCAGCACUGCCAGGUGGAGCACUGCCGGCAGCGAGACCGGCAACCUUGGUGUUGUGAGCGCUGCUCCCGUCCUUUCUGCCUUGAACACAGAAGCAGAGAGUCACAUGGCUGUCCUGAGGUGACUGUAAUCAACGAGAAACCGAAGCCAGAUGCGCAUUCAUCUUACCCAUGCUCAUUCAAGGGCUGUGCUGAAAGAGAGCUUGUACCGGUUCUGUGUCCUCACUACUCUGGAAAAUGCAAUGUAGAAGUCCUUAGGUGCUUAUAUGCGUAUCCUUAUUUCUUAGAUUCCAAGACAGGACAGACAGCAAGUAAGCGACGGAAGGGUGCAAGACACAGUGAAACCGCUGCAAAGGUAGCCUUGAUGAAAUUAAAGAUGCAUGCUGAUGGAGAUACGUCGUUGCCACAGGUUGGUCUUAGAGAUUUUGAGAAACAGAAAAGUUUAAAUAUCCUUGAAGCUCCCUUCUAUUCCUCCCUCCCAUCAAGUAACUAACCCAAACCUGCUGUAUCAUUGCUAAUAUUACGUGGUCUACAGCUACAUAAAGGAUACACGGUUUUGUAAAAUUUUCCCCUUUACAGAAAUGUCAAGGAACCAUAUGUGUGUUCUUUCAACUUAGUUGUUUUUUCGCUUGGCAUCAUGUUUUUAACAUUUAUCCUUGCUGACACAUUUAGUCUAGUUCAUUCAUUGUGGUAGCUGCAUAUUAUUCCAUUAUAUGAAAGGAACAAUUUUUGCCAUU